GGCCGAAAGUGGUUGGUAGACGCUGACUGGCGCAGUCGUUGCGGGUCUUGGGGCGGGGCGCUGUGUGCAGGCCGGUGGGUUUGGCGGCCGACCGGCAAUGGGCUUUUGGAGGGCGCCGGUGGGGUUGUAUUCUUGGGGGGUUGGUGAUUUUUUGUAUUUAUGGUGGGCUUGUAUUUUUCGGGAUUUGUAUUUAUGGUGGGGUUCUUUAUGGUGGGGUUCUUUAUGGUGGGUCUGUAUGUAUGGUGGGUUUGUAUGUAUGGUGGGUUUGUAUGUAUGGUGGGUUUGUAUGUAUGGUGGGUUUGUAUUUUUAGUGGUUUUGUAUUCUUAGUGGUUUUGUAUUUUUAGUGGGUUUAUUUAUGGUGGGUUUGUAUAUAUGGUGUACUGUGUGUUCAUGGUGGAUGAUAUGUUUGGUGGAUUGGGUUUUGGGGCU